UUUCUUCUGCUUCCGGCGGUUUCAUGUGUACAGUCGAACAUUGUCUAUAUCGUGCACACAAGUGAUCAGUCAGUUGAAAUACUACAAACCAGUGUGAGAAGGUAAUAAGUGAAAAAGUCUCCCAAGUAUGUCGGAUAAGCCAUCGUUACUAUCCGAGACUGACGGAUCGAAUUUUUCGGACGAAUUUGAGGAAACACGUGAUUUUUCUCAUGAUAUUGUGAUGGACAGUUUAUCGGAAGAUGAGAAGAGGCCCCCGAUUAAACGUCGUUUUAAGGAAAGAUUUAGAAAUAUAGAAGCGACUUACCUUAAUCCAUCAUCGUCUUUUCGAACGGAUUCAAGCAACUCAAACAGAAAAUCGCAGUCUAAGAAAAACGACAGAGUAGAUAUAAACAAUGAAACUCCAGCAGGCUCCUCAUCGAGAUCGACACAUGUAUAUGUGCGCACUCCUGUUGGGCACCGGUCAAGCCGCUCGCCAGGGAGUGGACAAAGCAGCAGCAGGAAGGCAACGCCGGAUCGGAUUACGCCUGAUAGUAAUAUGAUUGAUCAACGGUUGGUGAAAUUGGAAGCUGAAAUAACAGCAAUGAAGACGAUUCAAUUAGAAAUCUUGAAAACACAAAAGGAGAUAUUGUCAAAGGUUUCAAAUGUAGAUGCUGCUAAGAAAAUGAGCAAACAGAAAACCAACGUUAACAUAUCAAAUUCGAUUCGGAGUGGAGUCAGAGAUGCUUAUAAGGAUGGGAAAGAAAAUGGACUUGAUUGGACAUUGUACAAAGAAGAGGAAGCUAUGCGCCCACAUUAUGAUGUUAACAAGGAGAUGACAUCGCACAUCAAAACAUUUGUACUCGGCGUAUACCCUGAUACAGCUGAUGCCGUUAUACGAGAUGACACCAAACUAUACUUUAACAUAGCUGAUAAAAUGCAACUAAAAUCUGUGAAUGGACUGAAGAAUGGAAAAUGUCAUUAA